UCGUAAUUAAUUUGAACAGCUACCGCACUAGGCAUUGAGAAGUGAACGUGGCGAUCAAUGGUGAUGGCACGACAGCCGUCUCAGUCACCGCACGGCAGCUCCGUCGCUACUCCUUUCGGCUUUUAAUGAAACGACGCUCCUCAGUAGCUAAGCUAACAAAGCUCAAAAUGCGGGAAGCAAAUGACGCGGAAUAUGUAGGUCUAGAGUCAGGAGUAUCUCCUAGGUUGGAAAACCUCAAUAAGGUAUCUAUCAUACCUCUUGUUUUCCUCAUUUUCUAUGAGGUUUCAGGAGGGCCAUUUGGCGUCGAAGAUAGUGUUCAGGCUGCUGGACCCCUUCUGGCCUUGCUCGGCUUUGUGCUUUUUCCAUUCAUAUGGAGCAUUCCAGAAGCCUUAAUAACAGCUGAAUUGGGUACUAUGUUUCCGGAAAAUGGAGGAUAUGUAGUUUGGGUUUCAGCAGCCUUGGGUCCAUAUUGGGGAUUUCAGCAAGGAUGGAUGAAGUGGCUGAGUGGAGUUAUUGACAAUGCACUCUAUCCUGUGCUGUUUCUGGAUUAUCUGAAAUCAGCUGUGCCGGUUUUAGCAGAUGGUUUUCCACGAAUCACAGCGCUGUUAUUUCUAACUUUCGCAUUGACUUAUCUUAACUACCGAGGGCUAACAAUAGUCGGAUGGGUUGCUACAUUGUUAGGUGUGUUUUCUCUGCUUCCCUUCUUGUUCAUGGGAGUCGUUGCAGUUCCUGAACUGGAGCCGUCGAGGUGGUUCGUUGUCGAUUUCAAUAACAUCAACUGGGCGCUAUAUUUAAACACAUUGUUUUGGAAUUUAAACUAUUGGGAUUCGAUCAGUACUCUUGCCGGUGAGGUCGGAGAUCCCGGAAGAACACUCCCGAAGGCUCUAUUAUACGCGCUUAUCCUCGUUUUCUUGGCGUACUUUUUUCCUCUUCUGAUAGGUACUGGAGCAGUUCCACUUGACCGCGACGAGUGGAGCGACGGAUAUUUCUCGGAUAUCGGUAAAAUCCUCGGAGGGGUGUGGUUGAGAUCGUGGAUCCAAGUGGCGUCUGCCGUGUCGAAUAUGGGGAUGUUCGUAGCCGAGAUGAGCAGCGACUCUUUCCAACUUCUUGGCAUGGCGGAACGCGGAAUGCUCCCCGAGUGUUUCGCCAAAAGAUCGCGCUACGGAACCCCUCUAAUCGGUAUAAUCUUCUCGGCAUCGGGUGUGAUACUGCUUUCAUGGCUCAGCUUUCAAGAGAUAGUCGCCGCAGAGAAUUACUUAUACUGUUUCGGAAUGAUCAUGGAAUUCAUAGCUUUUGUGAAGCUAAGAUUCGACCAUCCAACAGCUUCUCGAUCAUAUAAAGUGCCUUUAGGUACUGCUGGGAUAAUUCUGAUGUGCAUUCCUCCGACCAUACUAAUAUUGGUCGUAUUGGCGCUCGCGUCUUUCAAAGUUAUGGCCAUUAGCCUCGUCGCGAUUUUUGUAGGACUUGUCCUCGAGCCUUGCUUGAAGUACAGCGAGGAGAAGCGAUGGUUCAGGUUCUCGAGGGUUCUUGAUUAUGAUCCUACGGAAUGACAACAGAGCUAGCCGGAGUCAGGCAGUUUGAAUAUCCUUUGAUGAAACGGGAAGGUUACCGUACUGAUUUGGACAAAUCGGCUUCAUGGAAAUUAAUUUUUGCCGUUUAUAUGUUGUAUUUAUAUUAUGUUAAUACAUUAUUAUUAGUUAUAUUGUGUGUCGUCUUUCAAUGCAUAAUGUAUUGUUGGUUCAGUUAUGAAUGUUAUAAUUUAGUGCAAUAUCAGUUAACAU